AUGAAAUUAGUGGACUAUUCCUCAGACUCUGAGCAAGAAGAAGAACAAGAAGAAAAACAAAAACAAGUAAAAUCUACACUGCCAGCAAAGUCUUUACAAGGGAAAAUUCUAAAUAAUGACAAUAUCAAUGAUGAUUCUUGUUUAAUACCAGCAGCCACUAAUAACUCUUCUCUUAUACCAAACAACAAGCCCAUUUCUUCAAUAAUAGAUGAUGACACUAAAUACUCUAACCCCUCUUCAGAUGACGAUGCUCGUACCAUGAUUAGACAACUGACAAAGCCUAACUCUUCAUAUACAUGUAAUAAUAACCAAACAUCCAAAUCUUCAAGAAUUUAUCAACUUGCACAACUCAAAAGCCCAAAAUAUAGAAGUAAUAAGCCACUAGUACAUAUCCAUACACGAAUGGCUGCAACACAACUGGACAUGUUACGACCUGGAUGGGCUGAUGAGCAACUGGCACAAUCAUAUGGUCUUGAUUUCUAUACAAAUGCUACAACUUUUUCAAAAGUUUUGCCACAAGCUAGUCAACUACCAACACUGCAACAACUUCAAGUACAAUCAAGGCAAAAGCCCAGAACCCGGAUCGAGUUUUUAGCCAAAAAAAAUUAA